AUGUCUUCUUGUUGUAAUUCACUUUCUAUUGCAACUCCACUUCUUAUUUCACCACCCCCUUCUCCUCCUGAUGAAUGCACUACGCAUUUCCUUAACGACGAACAAAAAGUAUUGCUUAAUGGAGAGUCAAGUCAAUUUCAACAAUCAGAAGGUUUAAAAAAGAUGGAUUUAUCAGAAAUAGCAAUCACUAAUUAUGCUCCAGGAAGUCAACAUAGAUUUAGGAUGAGAGUAUGUGACGUUCCAAAAGAACUUAUGGAUUUAAUUAAAGCGUCUGAAAAAAUGCCUCUUAGAGUCUCAAAAACUACUGCUGCGCUUGCAACUGGAAAUUUGUCCGCAAGCUCCGACAUCAUGGGUAGCACAAAGGAUGCAGUCUCCAUAUGCCCCAACAAUGGUCGUGUGACUUCAACGCCAAACCAAACACAAUCUACAAAUAUUGACGAUAGGGGUUCUAUUAAGAAAUUGGUUGAUAAGCGUCGUAGAAUUAGAAAGAAUCCUUAUCCUACUAAAGCUCCAUCAAAAUCUUCUCCAGGAAUAACUUUAAAGGUGGAUGUUUUUACUCCAUUUAAAGAAGAUCCUCAAGCGUUAUUACAUAGCGAUGAUCCACCAGCAUCAGAUCCUAGCACUCCAUUAUUAUUUUCUGAUAUAUUUUCAUCAGCUGAGGAAACUUCGGAAUCAAGUUCACGAAAUAAUAACAAAUUAUUAAAUAAAAGACAACGAAUUAAACAUCGAAAUAAGACCAAAAGAACUGUAUCAGAACGUAAACGUAAAGGAAAUAGUCUUGCCAGAGUAAUGGCAGACCGUGGACUUUUAGAAGCAACAUUUACACCGGUUGCAAUUGAAGGAGAAGCAAAAACUAUUCGUAUUCCACCACCACCACCAAUGCAAUUUGAAGAAUUAAUGGAAAAUAUUGAACAAUUAGAUCUUGAUACUAAUUUACUUGAUCGUAUUAAUCCAAAAGUUAAUUGGAAAGGUCAACCACUUACAAUUUCACAUUUACCACAUUAUAAUUCUUUACAUCCAAAAGAAGCAUAUGUUGCAUCAACAUUACGACUUACACCAGUUCAAUAUUUAACAUCAAAAAAUACAUUAGUCUCAUCAGCUCGAAGAUAUACACAAAAAUCACUUCCAUUUAGAAAGAGUGAUGCACAAAAACUUCUUCGUAUUGAUUGA